AUCUGUUUUUAUUAUGGCCACAAUGUCCGGAGGAGCAAACCUCGGCAUAGCAGGCACAAGUCAAGCCUCUUCGUUGGCAUCCGCCAACCGCAAAAAAGACAGCAGUCCGUCCGCCAGGUUCUGGGAGAGUCCGGAUACUUUAGCCCAGCUGGAGGUGGUGCGACAGUGGAUCGGGAAGCACUACAAAAAGUAUGUGCUGGUGGAUGCUCCAUCGUGUCAGGCUCUCGCUGCAGUGACCCUGCAGCUUCUUCAGUUUCAAGAAGAAGCUUUUGGUAGACAAGCUGCAAACCCUGCUCUCACCAAACUGCCUGCACAAUGCUUCCUAGACCUGCGGCCAGGUGGUGGACUCUGCCACAUCCUUGGCACUGCCCACAAAUUCAAGGCAGAGCAAGGGUGGCGGAGGUUUGACUUACAGAAUCUGUCCCGAACUGAAAGGAACGUGGAGAUGUUUGGUGCUAUUGAAAGGGCGCUUACCCAGAACACAUGUAUGUCCCUACCUGUGGUGUAUCUGGACCCUAUGCUGGAUCAGGAGUUAGCAAGCAGGCUUACAGACAUUAUCACCAAGCAUCAGGGUACAGUCACAGAGGACCAAACGCUCGCCAGUCACCACAUCUACCCCUCCCCUGCCUCUAAAGAGGAAGAUGAAUGGAUGCGCCCUGUCAUGCGGAAAGACAAACAUGUCUUGGUACACUGGGGCAUGCAUCCUGACAGCUAUGACAGUUGGCUGUCCUCCAGUGAUGUUGAAGGAGAGGUUGAAGAGCCGCCACAUGCAGAGAAGCCUUGGCGGGUCCAUGCUGGCUGGGUUCUGGACACGGAUGUUUUUAACGAGUGGAUGAACGAGGAGGACUACUGUGUAGAUGAGAGGAAUGUCCCAGUCAUUCUCCGCCAGCGCAUUCACCUCCAAGAUGACCAGGAGUCCAAAACGACUCCUUCCAAAAAGAGAAGACGUUCUCCAUCUCCUCCUCCCACUGAAGGCAGGAAGAAAGGAAAGAAGGGGAGGAGGGGGCGUGGACAGCCAGAAGAAGAGCCAGAGGAAGACUUAACCAAAGACAUGGAGGACCCUACACCUGUCCCUAACAUGGAGGAGGUUAUUCUACCCAAAAAUGUCAACCUGAAGAAGGACAGUGAGAAUACCCCCGUCAAAGGAGGGAUCAUGGCUGACCUUGAUGAUCAGGAAGAUGAUUUCACAGGAAGGGACGAUGAGGAGGGGAGACCGGAGAUACCUCGCCUGUCAGAGGCAGAGGAAAGCAUCCCAGAACAAACUCAUCACAUCAUAAUACCAAGCUACACAUCUUGGUUUAAUAACAACAGUAUUCACUCGAUAGAGAAACGUGCACUUCCUGAAUUCUUCAAUGGAAAGAACAAGUCCAAGUCUCCAGAAAUCUUCCUGGCGUACCGUAACUUCAUGAUCGACACAUACCGCCUGAACCCCCAGGAAUACCUCAGCUCCACUUCCUGCAGGCGCAGCCUCACUGGAGACGUCUGUGCUCUCAUAAGGGUUCAUGCAUUUUUGGAGCAGUGGGGUUUAAUUAACUACCAGGUGGAUGCAGAGAGCAGGCCCCUCCCUAUGGGACCCCCUCCCACCCCUCAUUUUAACGUACUGGCUGACACGCCGUCUGGGCUGGCCCCACUACAACACAAACCCCUGCAGGUUUCAGCCUCACAGCACAUGUUGUAUUUCCCGGAAAAGAGCAGAGAGAAGCCUUCAGACUGCCAGAACUUCGGCCUGCGCUCUGACAUUUACGCCAAGAAACACCCUAAGAGUAAAGGGGCAAGUGCAGGAAGGGAAUGGACAGAACAAGAGACACUCUUGUUAUUAGAGGCCUUAGAGGUCUACAGAGACGACUGGAACAAAGUGUCCGAGCACGUAGGUUCAAGGACGCAGGACGAAUGUAUCCUCCACUUCCUCCGUCUGCCGAUAGAAGACCCCUACCUGGAAGACUCCUCUGCCUCCCUCGGCCCGCUGGCAUACCAGCCUGUGCCUUUCAGCCAAUCAGAAAACCCUGUCAUGAGCACCGUAGCCUUCCUCGCAUCUGUGGUGGACCCACGGGUGGCGUCGUCUGCAGCUAAGGCCGCACUGGAGGAAUUUUCCAGAACCCAGGAGGAGUCUGGGGUUAAGAUCUCUGAAAUAACAAAUCAGCCUGAAAAAUCUGAAAUGAUGGAUGCUGAAAAAAUGGAGACGAACUCCACCUCUCAUCAGGGCUCUUUAAGGUCAGAUGGGCUAAAGUUGGAGCCCAGCGGUGCCAAAGUUGAGGGAGUGAAAAGAGAAAAUGCUGAAAAUCUUCUUGGGGAGGAGAGAGACGGGAGGGGGGAUGACGAGGACAGCAUAGGGCGGCGGGAGGCUGACGGGGACGAGAGGGGGGUGAUGGAGCAGGAUCUGGUGGAGGCCAACGUUUCCAAGGCAGCUGCAGCUGCUCUAGCCUCUGCUGCCACAAAGGCCAAGCACUUGGCUGCAGUAGAAGAGAGGAAGAUUAAGUCCCUGGUGGCUCUGCUGGUGGAGACACAGAUGAAGAAGCUGGAGAUCAAACUGAGGCACUUUGAAGAGCUGGAGACCAUCAUGGACCGUGAAAAAGAGGCUCUGGAGCAGCAGCGGCAGCAGCUCCUGUCAGAGCGACAGGCGUUCCACACAGAGCAGCUGAAACAGGUGGAGAUGAAGGUUCGCCAGCAGAGGGAGCAGCAGGGGCAGCCGGGUUACACCGCACAGCUCUCAGGCCAGGCUGUGCCAAACAGGGUUAUACCUGGGGGAGGAAACAGCCAGCCAAUGGCCACUCGACAUCCUGGAGCGCCCAAUGGCAUGUAUCCAUCCUCACAGCCUGACGGGACAGGAGCAGCUCAGUCAGGUCCUGCAGCAUCCGGUCACAACUGAACUCACCAAAAAAAACACAAACAAAAAUUUGUAACACUGGCAUAAAAUGUUCAGGAGCAACUGUUUAAAUCUUUGAGUGUGAAACUGUUGAGUAGCUUUUGUUUACAGACACGAGCAGAGACAAAGUCGGUGCCUCAGUCUGUUUUAUUUGUGAAAUAUUUGUGCGCUGUUGUCAGAGUUGAGAAAUCUGAAGAUUAAACUCAGCUCAUUAAAGUUGUUUUUCAUGAAACUGA